CUGCACUGCGGCAACAGUCGGUGUAGAACCAGUUUUCAGCAAACAAACCCGCCGCCAACGCCGAGUCUUCGCUCUGCCAACGAACCCACCCACGUACGCGCUUAAGCCGACAAAUCGUUUCCAGAUCUUAAGAUCGAACUACCGAUCUUGACCUUUAUCAGCCAUGUGCAGCAACAAGACUCUACUCCUGGCUAGCAUUGCGUUGGCCGCUCUCUGCCUGCUGCAGUUCGGAGAGGCGUUACCGUCGAUUGGGCACUAUGGCAAGCGAUUUGAUCCCAUGGGUGGCAUUGAUUUCAUACAGAUUUGCCUCAACAAUUGCGCACAGUGCAAGAAAAUGUUCGGAGACUAUUUCCAGGGCCAGACCUGUGCCGAGUCCUGCCUCAAGUUUAAGGGCAAAGCGAUUCCCGAUUGCGAAGAUAUCGGCUCUAUAGCGCCGUUUCUGAACGCGCUCGAGUAGAGCUUUCAAAGAUGGCUCUGCCGCGUAUUAACAGUUUAUUUAUAUGUAUAUGUGUAUGUGUGUGCGCUCAUUUAUCGCCUGUGACUCAGACGCGUUUUUUGGGUCAAUGCGAUGCGAUGCGAUGCGAUGCGGUUCGAUGCGAUGUGAUGCGAUGCUUAACACGAUCUUGGCUGAUGAAUACCACGACGACGAUGACACGACGACGACACUGAAACUGGCGCUUACUAUACGAUUAAAUGGCUUUAACACAAUACUUACCUAGAGUUUCCGGCAAAUCUCAGCAUGGGUUUGCCGCACAACACGUAACCGAUGAAGUUCCUAUAGCACCUACUUAUAUGCAUACUUAUACUUAAUAGUCUUAACCAGC